CACGCAUGCCGCUCAGUUGCUGGUGGACCCUCCUCCCGGUUACUCCGCCGCGCCCCGCCUUCCCUCACUCUGACUCCCGUGCCGCCAGUGGGAGGGCGCCCGGUGCCGUGUGCGUGUGUGCGUCUGGCAGUAGUCGCGCUGAGGAAGCCCCAAAACAAUAUAUUCUCGUGCCCUUCCCCCAGACACUCGUGGACUCAAUAUCGCGCGGACUAAAAUAAGCUUGUAAUUUCACACCAGGAGAAAGGAUUGAUUUUUUUUUUCUCCGCCCUUGUAAGGGUCUCAUGUUUGUGUGUGUAUGCAUGCAGGUAUUGCUUGCCAUCAAGGUGCGAUAGAAAACGGAACGAGGACGCUGCGGUGUUACAGAGUCCAGCGUCUGAUUUCCCCAGCGGCCUUUGACUGAUGAAGAGAAGAGCUGCUCCACCUCUGUCCUGUGAAGAGUGUUGAGGCACAGGUGAGGAGGAGGAGUAGGAGGAGAAGGGGAAGGAGGAGGAGGAGGAGGAGAAGGAGGAGGAGAGCCACCAAAAUUCCUGCUCCUGCUUCUGCUACUGCUGCUGCCGUUGCCGCUGCUCCUGCUACCGCUGCUGCUGUGCUAUUGCUGCUGAUGAUGAUGCUCAAGUGAGGAAACUGACAAGACUUAGUGCUGCCAAAUGUUGGGAAAAAGAGAGAGUGAUGCGACUGAGGUGGUGAGAACCUUUAAAGUCCGUGCUUUGGACGUCAGAGAGAAUAACUUGGUUUGAGGUGCGUGUGUGUGUGUGUGUGUGUGUGCCAGUGCGUCACAGUGAAAAGCAUGACUGAUUCCUGGUUCCAGUAACGGACUUAUUACUGACAGUUCAAAAGCGACAGCUCUAAGAACUUGUGCUUGCGAAUUAUGAGGAAAAUACCUCCGUGAACCAGUGUGAGUGCGAGGGCCGCGUGAGGCCUUCGUGUGGCAGUUGACGAGGUCAUGGCUGCCUCGUGAGUGUGCGCAGGCAUGGGCGGGCGAGCAGCAGGUGGUACAGCAGCUGAUUAGAGAGCAGCUGGCGGCACGCGCUUGAGUCUCCAAUUUCUGGGAAUCAGCCGACUAAUUGAAUAAGAAAAGCUUCAUUGGCAGACAACAACUGGAAAACCUAAAUCCAACCCACAACAUCUACCGGCGACCAGAGUUGGCCUUACUUGCACGCCUUGUUCAGCACACCGACACCAGCCCUAUUGUCCACCGAACACUGUCAUCUAAAGUGGAAGAUAUGACUUGGGCGAGCGGGUGUGCGGGGGUCGUGACAGGGUAGCGGGGCGGCCCCAGAAUGAAGGAGGCGGCCUGUGGACACUCCGAAAGCGACCCCGCCCCCGUAAUCCCGAGCACUCCCGGCACAUUCUUGACACAGCGCGCCGUCUGCCGCCUCCUGCCGCACCAUGAGAUAGCGACAGUGGCGGCAGCCACAGUAGCAGCAGCGAUCUCAGCUCUCGCUAAAGCGCCGCCAGAUAAAUAGGACAAAAUGACGAACAUGUACGCCGCGUACGGGCCGAUGCCCACCAACAUCAACAUCGGCUCCAUGUCCAGGCUCAAUGGCUCUCUGGACCGGCGGGCCAUCGUGGGCCGCUCGGCCACCCUAGGCCGCACCCCGGCGCCCAUGGGUCGUUACCCACCCCCUACCCUGGGCUGCUCCUACCAGGACUUACGCCGCUCCAGGGAAUACUUAGACAUCAAGCACGGUCCAAUGGAGCCGCUGCAGUCCUUUGACUCCAUGAGUGUGGGCGCCGGUAUGCUGAGUGGCUCCUUGGAUGAUUUUCCAACCCCUCCCACCUCCACCCUGGAGCGGAGACGCAAUGGGGGCGUGGUGACAGGCUGCAGUGUGCAUGGCGGGGGCACGCUAAGCCGGCCUGGGAGCCGCCGUGGGUCACGCUACGACCUAGCGGAGGAGCCGCGUGGCGGGUGCUGCGGCAGGAGCUGCUGCACCCUCACCUUCUCCAUCCUGGCCUGCCUCCUCAUCCUCAGCGGCGUCAUCGUCGCUCUCUACUUCUUCAUCAAGCAUGUGCCAUAUGAACCUCGCCCGCCGAUCCAAGAAGUUCGCGACCUGUGCCGAGGGAAGAAGUGCCACCAUGGUGCUCUCUGCGUGCCUUCCGAGGACGGCCGAAGUACCAGGUGUGAGUGCCCCACGGAGUGCCGCGUCUAUGGAGGCGGUUUGGGCUCCUUACCUGUCUGUGGCUCCGAUGGCCAGGAUUAUGACAACGAGUGCCAGCUUCGAAGACAUGCCUGCAGGAAUCAGAAACACCUGGAGGUCAAAUUUGUGGGUAAAUGCGACCCGUGCGAGGACGUGACCUGCCCGGAGCGCCAGAGUUGCCAGCUGGAUGUCGACAGGAAGCCAGAGUGUCGAUGCAAUGACGUCUGUGCCACGGAAUACUCCCCGGUCUGUGCCAGCGACGGGAAAACCUACACGAACGAGUGCGUGAUGAAGGUGGAGGCGUGCAAGGCGAGGAAGACUCUCUCCAUCAUGUACCACGGAGCCUGCACUGUGGUUCUCAACCCGUGCAGCGAGCUCACCUGCCUGCCUGGGGAGGAGUGCAAGGUGGACAUAUAUGGCAUAGCGAGGUGCGAGUGUCCUCCACCCUGCGAACGCGUCAUGAGGCCCGUGUGUGGCUCGGACGAUGUAACCUACGACAACUACUGUGAGCUACACCGCGCCGUCUGUGUCAAGCAAACGGACAUCGUGGUCAGCUACGUCGGCGUGUGUGGAGAGGGAGGUCCUUGCGCGGGGCAUCAGUGUGACCACGGCGGGGUGUGCGUGGAGAGGCAAGGGCGGCCAGUGUGUGAGUGCCCACAGUGCCCCGCCCACUUGGACCCCGUGUGUGGGGCUGACGGCAUCUCCUACGACAACGAAUGCCAUCUGCGGGCCGAGGCUUGCAGGAUCCGCCGCGCCAUCGCCGUCAGAUACAGAGGCCGCUGCAAUGGGUGUCAGGACAAGCAGUGUGACUUCUACGGCGUGUGUGAAGCGGACGAGAGCGGUGUGGGACGGUGCGUGUGCCCUGAAGGAUGCGUCAAGGUGGAGAGCAAGGUGUGUGGGACAGACGGCAACACUUACCUGAACGAGUGUCUCCUGAAGGUGGCCUCGUGUCGCAAGCAGCAGUUUGUGACAGUGGCAUCCAGCGGUGACUGUGAUCUGUGCAAGCAUGUGGUGUGUAAAUACGGGGCGAGAUGCGAGGCUGGCCGUUGUAUCUGCCCCACUCAAUGCCCGGACACACGGGAGCCAGUCUGUGCCUCCAACGGCCUUACCUACGCCAACGAGUGCGAGAUGCAGAAGGCAGCGUGCGAGGUGGAGGGCGGUCUAAGGGUCACCUUCGUCGGGGAGUGCUCUGAGGCUCGCACUUCAGGAGUCAAGGACGAUCCAAGCCUUGUUAGCGCCCACGACUCAUCUCCUCCCCCGGUGGUGGUGGUGGGGCCCCAAGGGCUUGACCACCCAGUUGGGCAGCAAGGUGGUGAGGGAGACGUGUGCUCGGGGAUGACGUGCGAGUACGGGUCGACAUGCACUGUGCUGAGGGACGGUCUGCCCCGCUGCUCAUGUAAGCUGGACUGCUCCAACAUGCCCCAGAGCCCCGUGUGCGCCUCCGACCUCAAAAUGUACUCCAACGAGUGCCUCAUGAUAAGGGAGGGGUGCCAGCGGCAGGUGGAGCUCAGACUCCGUCCCCUCGAGCUAUGUGAAGAUUUCGAGUUGAUUCCUUGCAACGGAGACGAGCCGCUGGUGAAUCCUGCCACGGGACGCGACUUCUACUGCGGCAAAGGACCGGACACCGAAAUCUGCACUCCGGGAUCCUACUGCCACUGGACCCUCUCCUUCGCCAAAUGCUGCCCACUGCACCAAGAGGAAAACGUGACGGAAGUGGCGCCAUCCUGCAGAGAGGGACCCUACGGCUGCUGCCCGGACAGGAAGACGGAAGCCCUUGGCCCUAACUUCGCUGGCUGCCCUUCCAUCUGCCAGUGUCACAAGCUGGGUGCUCACGACGCGGUGUGUGAUCCUGUUACCAACCAGUGUCGCUGUAAGCCUGGAGUGGGUGGCACUAAGUGUGACCGCUGCGAGCCGGGCUUUUGGGGGCUACCCAUGAUACAGCACGGCAAUACAGGAUGCCUGCCAUGUGGUUGUUCGCUGUUCGGAUCGGUGCGGGAUGAUUGCGAGCAGAUGACGGGGCAGUGUGUGUGCAAGCCAGGCAUCAGAGGAAAGAAGUGUAACAUCUGUCCUGAAGGCCUUGUGUUGGGGCCAAAGGGAUGCCGCACCCAGAGUGACACCUCUUUACCUGCCCGCACCUGCUCAGAGCUUGAGUGUUACUUCGGAGCCCGAUGCCUCGAGCACCAGACACACGCAGAGUGCAAGUGUGAAGCCCACUGCCCUGAGGACUCUUCAUCUGCUCCUCCUGUGUGUGGUACUGAUGGGGAGACAUACCCUAGCGAGUGCCACCUUCGGCUCUUUGCUUGCCAAUACCAAAAGGAUGUGGUGGUGGAUGCCUUGGGACCCUGCCUGUUACCAGGCAACCAGUCUGAUGGAGUGACCGAGUCUCCCCUGCGCCGGUCCACUGCCCCCUUGUCCACUGAGCCCCACCGGGCGGAGACAGCGAAAGCCACUCGCCACCUGCUGCACCCAGAGUAUGUGGUGGGGGUGAGCAGUGGGUCCAGCACCCACAGCCUCUCAAACAGCAUCUUUGGGGUGCCACCCACCCCUGUCACCAUCGCUGCUUUCGGCCUCCUGGGCUCCAUCUGUUACCGAGACAAGGACUGCUCUGUUUCCUACUCCCACUGCAAGUCCUCCAUCUGCACCUGCCGAUUGGGUUAUACUCAGAGUGCAGACCGCCAGACCUGCGUAGUCAAUACUCCAGGGAGGGAAGAGGCAAGUGGGGCCUGCAGCCAACGUCCCUGCCAGCGUGGGGGAAUCUGCCGAGAUCUGCCAGAUGGAAGCUUUAGCUGUGAUUGUCCAUUAAGAGCCACAGGGCCUCAAUGUGAGACUGAACUGCCACCACCAUAUGAGACCCCAUCCUUUAGUGGCUCCUCAUUCCUAGAGGUGAAGAAAAUCAAAGCCUAUAACAAAGUCCAGGUUGAAUUAGAGUUCCGAACCUUCACAGACAGUGGAAUCUUGCUGUACAGUCAACAACAGAGAGACGGCUCUGGGGAUUUCCUUUCAUUGGCACUCGUUGAUGGUUUUGUUGAGUUUCGCUACAACCUAGGCUCAGGACCAGCUCUCAUCCGUAGCCAUGAGCGCAUCCAGAUGAAGCGCUUCCAUAGGGUGGUUGCCAAGAGGUACCAGCGUGACGGCAUCCUUCAGCUGGAUGAUACAGAGGAUUCAGUGGGCAAGGCUCCAGGAAACCUCAAGAGUCUGGAUCUCAGAGGCUCAACCUAUAUUGGAUAUGUCCCAACUAAUGAGAGAAGAGUGUGGGAGAAUGCAGGAACAGCUGAAGGCCUUGUGGGAUGUUUGCGCUCUGUCAGAAUCAAUGGUCGACCUUUGGAUUUGGUGUGGCCAGGGUCACCUCACGUGAUGAGGGCCGAGCAUGUGGGCGAGUGUUCUGCCUCACCAUGUGUCUCCCUCCCGUGUCUCAACCAGGGCUCCUGCAGACCCACUGAUGACGGUCACUUCAAAUGUCUUUGUAUCCAAGGUUUCACAGGUGAUAGAUGUGAAGUGAGGCUGGAUCCCUGUGAGAGUCAGCCUUGUCUAGCAGGAGCAACUUGUGUCACCUUGCCCACUGAGGGAUUCCUGUGCAAGUGUCCCCCUGGUAGAACCGGCACAUUGUGUGACCAAAUGGACAAAACAUUACGUGAGGUAGUGAUCCCAGACUUUGAUGGGGAUGCCUACCUUGAACUGCCCACACUGGAGAAUGUGGGUCACUCCCUGGUGCUAGAGCUGUGGUUCCUUACACGCUCUCCUGACGGGGUCCUCCUCUACAAUGGACAGAUGGGUGGUGGAGGAGACUUCAUCGCUCUCAACCUUCGCAAUGGACAUGUUGAGUUCUCCUACAAUCUGGGCUCUGGCCUUGCAACUCUUGUAUUCAGGCUGAAGAGCCCUACCCGCAUCCCCCUCAACACUUGGCAUGUGGUGAGGGUACGCAGGAAAAAGAGAAGAGGCAUCCUGAGGGUGAACCGUGGUCACCGAGUGAUGGGGAAGAGUGGACCACGUCUUAAGGAGCUCAAUCUUAACCAGCCACUUUACCUUGGAGGGCUUGAGAAUUAUACAACUGCACAUCCUGACUCUGGAGUGACUAUGGGUCUUAAUGGAGCCAUCCAGAGAUUGCUUGUCAACUCAGAAGUUUAUGACAACCUAGAUGAGAGAGCAACUGGUGGAAGAGGAGUUCGUAGGUACCGUGGACCACCAUGUCAAAUGAAUCCUUGUGAAAAUGGUGGAGUUUGUCAUCCCUUCCGUAACAGAUUCUUGUGCAAAUGCCUUGCUCCAUACACCGGCAAGUUCUGCGAAAAGCGUGUUGAUGAGGAACGGAUGAUGAAACCUGUCAGCUUUGAUGGCCAGACGUUCCUCAGAUUCCCCAACAUGGUGUAUAGAAUUAACCUGACACAGUACAAUCUCACACUUGAUGACUAUGAGAGCAUUGACUUUCCUGAACCAUGGACCAACAUAGAUCUCAGUUAUCCAACGGAUUAUGAUCUUGAAGAUGACAUUGCAUUCCUAGAAGAGGAAGAAGAAGAAGAAGAAGAGGGAGAGGAAGAAGAAGAGGAAGAGGAAGAACAAGAAAAUGCCCUAGCGGAUGAAGUAAAAGAUUUAGAGAUAUUAUCAAAAGAGAAGGAAAAUAAAAUAAGUUCAUUAGUGGAGGAUGAAGAAAGAGAAGUUGGUUCAGGUCUCUUCUCUUUAUAUAAUGAUGAGGAUAAUGAAGCAUUCAUUGAAGAGGGAGAUUAUGGAGAGGAAGUGGAAGGUGAUUCUCUUCCCAUUCUCAAUGAAAUAGACCAUGUAGUGUCACCAUCAGAAGAGAAUGCAGAGGAGCCAGGAUUGGGAGGUAGACGAGGUCAAACCACAAACCAUUUUGAGAUUCGCUUUCGAGCAACAACUCCCAAUGGUGUCCUGGUGUGGCUCAACAAGGGAUCGAGUGUGUCAAGAGACUACUUUGCCCUUACUAUAAAUGAAGGCUUUGUGGAGCUGUCAUUCAACUUGGGCACACAACAGGCUCUGCUUGUGAUAAGGUCAAAGGUGCGCGUGGAUGAUGGUCAGUGGCACGUGCUGGUAGUACAUCGACGGAAACGUCUCGGAGUCCUCAGAGUUGACAAUGAACGUCCAGUAAAGGGCCUUGCUAACCGUGGUUCUACCACACUUAACACCAAUGGCAAACUGUGGAUUGGUGGGUCUCCAAAGAUGCCGCGUGGUCUGCCUCCAGCCUACUACCAGGGCUUCCGAGGAUGCAUAGACUCCAUUCAGGUGGAGAAUCGGGACCUAAACCUAGUGACGCAUGGUGACUCUUCUCUCGUAAGGUUCUGUGAUGAAAUGCGGUGAAAGGAAAGUGACAUAUUAGUGGUCGACAGCUGAAGUAAGAAAGAACAAAGUUUUAAACUUCGUUAGACAUUUUUCUGCCAUAGACAAUAAGUACUACAUACUGUCAUUGCAAGACAAACAGCCUUAAAAUUAUCUGACUAUUCUGUUUUGCAUACUACUGUGCAUUGUGUUGAAUGUACUUUGAUAUAGGUGUUAAAAUAGUGUUUCAUUACACUUUUAUUACAAGUUAAUGAAGCUGAAAAGUUUUAUAUGUGCUUACUUUGUUCUUACACAGUCUAUACCAUAAAUAAAGACAAAAGUAAAGAUGACACUAAUGGUUCAGUGCGGGUAUGAUAUAAAAGUUCAAUCAAAGGUUGUGUUUUGUCUGAUAUAUGAGUUGUUGCCAUGAGCUACAAGGGAAAGAUGGAGCCUAAAGCUUCAUGGAUGGUGUGAUAUACUAGUUAUAAUGUUUGUAAUGUGUUUGCACAUUACACUCCGCACUACAGAUGGGCCUCUUGUACGAGUCCUUGCGUUGAUCUGCACUCAGUCAGAUUUAAAGCAUCUUAUAUAUUUUUUUUUUUCAUUAUCCAUAUGUACAUAAUGAAAACUAACUCUUACAUAGUGUAAACUACUGGGAUGAAUGUGUAGUGUUUGCUUUGAGGAAAGGCAUGGGAAGGGCUCAGUUUUUUGUGUUGAAACACUUCACAAAACUGCUUGUAAUUCUUCCCUAUGUAAUUUGUGUUGUGUGUACAUUUUUUAUUAAUCUAAAUAGUUCUCAACAUUAGAAUCAUUAUAUGACAAAUUGCAGUAUGUAUUUAUAUUGACUUUUGAGACUGUAAAUCAUUGUCACAAAUUAAACAUUAAAUAUUUUAGUUCCCAAAUUAAAAUUUAACAUAAUUGGAUUUGAAUUAUAAACACAGGGUCUUGCCGCUGUCACCGGACUUAAAUAAAACUCAGGCCUAAGCUA